GAAGAGCUUACAGAUGCAUUGUGAAGGUUUAUUGUUUUUUAUAAAAGCGUCAACAGCACAGAAAGGAGCAUCUAAAGAUGUUGCUUUGAAAGAUAACACGAAUGAAAUGAUAAAUAAGCAUGUGCUUCAGGCAAAACCUGACAAGCUUUGGACUUCAUUUAAUCAGAUUUGUUGUAACAUACAAGCUAUCUUUGAGCACUAUGGUAUCAACUCUAGUGAUUUGAAUAUGCAACAGCUCUUGCAGAUGGUGGGAAAGUAUAAACAUGAAGACAAAGUGCAAAUACAAGUUAUGCGUGAUAAAAGUGGAGACAUAGCAGGAAAUGUAGAAAACGAACUGACAGUCAGACUUGAGAGCCGAAUGGGCGUUAAAUUCAAGACAUGUAGAAAUGAAUCUGAGAUAGAGCCCACAAAACCGUUACUCGUAUUGUGUGUUGCCGGAACCAGGAUAGGAUCAGAUGCUACUUAUUCUAUUCAAGAUAUAGCAAGAGAAUACUACAGAAACACAGCAUUGUUGAUAAUCCACAACAAAGAGGAGCAUUCCCUGCCGGUUAAAUCCAGUUCGGAUGUUCUAACCGAUCAGAAAUUUGAAGACUUAGGAGGCAUAUUUGACUUCGGUUACUCGAAAGAUAUGGGCAUAUAUGGGUGCAAAAUGAAUAACAGAAGCUUUGAUGACCUUACUUUGUUUAUUACACGACACGCUGCUGAGAAAGGUUAAUACAUUCAAGGAUUACACAUGUCAGAACAGUGUGUAAUCUAUCUAAGGAUUCAUGAUUCAAACAGACUAAAUUAUUUGAAGUAUAAAGGAUAAAGCUUUAUCAUAGGAAGAACGCUAAGUGCGUACACUCAUACUAACAAUGCUUUAUCACAGAAAUUCAUAACAAACCAUUGG